CUGGGGCGCCCGGCACCGGCGGACGCUGCGCCCUCGUGGCCGUAGCGUGGCCGUAGCGUGCGGCAGCCGCUGCGAGGAGCGGGGCCGCCGGGUCCGGCCGCGCAGGUGAGGCAGAGCACCCAGGAUUAUGGCAUCUUUUUCCAACUCCUUCUCCCCUUUCCUUUUCCUGUGCAUACUGGCUCUUUCUGACAUCAGCCUUGCAGUCUCCCUGGACCCUGGCACAAAGCUCAAAAAUGUCGCAGAGAACAACAACCACCUUCAAAACCAAGAGCUGUGGCCACAGCAGCCCAGAAGUGGGCACCACCACAAGCAUGGAUUGGCCAAGAAAGAGCAGGUCCAUGCCAUGCCUUCUAGAGGGCAGCCAGGCGGGGAGGAGGCCCUCAGAACGGGGAGUGGAGCUCCAGCCAUGGAAGAGCUGGCAGCGGUAGGACAGCCUGCAGCCCUGAAACAGGAUAAGGAUGCGUUCCUGGGUUUUGAGUUCCCAUAUCCUGAGAGGGAGAACCAAUCCCCCGGGUCUGAGAGGGGAAAGAAGCAGAACCGAGAGCACCGGCGGCACAGCCGCAGGGACAGACUGAAACACCACAGAGGGAAGACUCCUGAUGUUGGGCCAAGUUCCCUGUACAAGAAGCCUGAAAGUUUUGAAGAGCAGUUUCAAAAUCUCCAGGCAGAGGAGACUACAAGUCUGACUCCCACAAUGCUUCACUUCACUGCACUGGAACUGGCAGCUUCCACAGAAGAGCCUCCUGUUCUUCCAGCCACAUCACCCCGGUCACAGGCACGCCUCAGGCAAGAUGGGGAUGUGAUGCCCACCCUAGAUAUGACACUCUUUGACUGGACAGACUAUGAGGACCUCAAACCAGAAAUGUGGCCAUCUGCUAAAAAGAAAGAGAAACGCCGCAGUAAGAACCCCAACAGUGGGAAUGAAACCCUGUCAGCUGAAGGAGAGCCAUGUGACCAUCACCUUGACUGCCUCCCAGGCUCUUGCUGUGACUUACGUGAGCACCUCUGCAAACCACACAAUCGAGGCCUUAACAACAAAUGUUAUGAUGACUGUAUGUGCACUGAAGGGCUACGCUGUUAUGCCAAAUUUCACCGGAACCGAAGAGUGACCCGAAGGAAAGGACGUUGUGUGGAGCCUGAGUCAGCCAACGGAGAUCAGGGAUCAUUCAUUAACGUUUAGAAGGGUGGGACUCUAUUUCCUGCCUGGAAGGUCUGGAGCUGGGGACAAACCAUUUAUACCUAGCAAUGGGGAUUAGAGAAAAAGUCAAGCAAAUGAUUGAAGCUGCAGGCUCUGAACAUGCCAGGCUCCAACAAGAUGGAUGCUGGUGGUGACUUAUGAAUAGAGCAGUCUAAGUCUUUUCUAUACCAAGACUGCUUUGCCCUCCCUUCCCUCAGCACACCCCUGCCAUGCAGCUGGGUCCCCCUCUGCCAGUUAGCAGAUGAUCCUGACUGCCAGUCCAAUGCCUUGAAGUAGGACAAAGGCACUUCAGUUGCUACACAUCCUUUCAAUGCAGGCAAGAUAUGAAAGAUCCUUCAGGUCAAAUGGUAGAUGAGCUUGAGUUUUGCCCCUUAACUACUGCUUGAGAAGAGUGGUCGACGUCUGUUAAGGAUCAGAGGUUCUUAGAGGAUAGGAAGCUUGUAGCCUCUGGGUGCAAAGGUAGGAGAUGAAGAUGGAUCAGCAGGAAACUGGCUGCCUAGGCGGGAGAGGACCCCCUGUUAGAGCUCUUGCUCUCUCCCUUGUUCAUUGCUACAGACAGAUAUUCCCCAGCUGUUAUACACUACCGUUUCCUACCUGUCUUCCUUGGGACUGUCAAUUCCUACUCCUUUCUUCCUGUUUUGCUCCCAGAGAACCACCUGGUUUCUGCAAGGAUACAGCAAGACAUCCCAGCCUGCAGCUCUCACUCAUUUGGUUAUCCUGCCAAGUCUGUUAUUUUUUAAUGAUUAUUUUAGGAGCUUUCUGGGGAAGUAAUAGUUUUCCUAGUGAGCCAAAAAUAAAGUUUUUUGGUAAUAGGAGAUAGGAACAGACAGUUCCCUUGUAGUACAUCCUGUGACAUGUUGCAUGUGCGUUUCCAUGAUAUGUAAAUAAAGUUAUGAUAGAUACCCUU